AUGAAGUUCAAUUAUGAGGCUCCACGGGACUUCGCUCCACAGACCCUCCGUGCGCUUGCGAAGGCGGCGACGCAGUUUGAGGAGCGGGCCAGAGAGGGAAACACAAUCGCCGACAGCGUCCGGGCUGCAGUGGUGUACGACACUCGCGAGGCCAAGAGUGGUGGCGAGGGCUUUUCAAUACGCAUGUUGGCAUCACUAUGUUGCCAGAGGCUUCGAGUCGUGGUCGUCCUCGAGACGGUCUCAGUGUUAAUGCAAGCCGUGGUGGUUUUUGCCCUGGGCGUUGUCUUGGAAGAGCUUGAGCUUGGGGGCACACUGCCAUGGCUGGGUGAAGAUUAUGCCGUCGUGGCGGUCCCCUUCGCACUGUUCCUCAUCGGUCGUUGUGUAGAGCAGCUUGCGCGGCACAGGCGCCGGAGGCUCUCCGAGCAGGUGGCCUUGGCUCUCCGCUCUCGGCUCUUCCACCGGGCCCUGGUGUCCGGAGGGCCCCUGCCGGCUGCGGCAAGCCGAGUGGUCGCUGCACUCACCAAGCGCUGCAGGCUUCGACUUGUGGCACCCGUCUUGGGCAGUGCCUUGUCCGUGGCCCUCCUCGUGGCUGCGACAAGCGUUGCUGCGACAGCUGGCGUAAGCUUGGUUGUACUGGCCACAGCAGUGGAGGUCAUCUUGAAGCGCCGUGUGCCGAAGUGGGGUCAGGCGGUGGGAAAGCUUCGGUGUCGCAGAGAGGAGCUGUCUUGCGCUUUCCUUUCUGACCUGAAGUGUGCUUCUGCCACUGUGAAGUGCUUCGGCUGGGAGGCUGCGGUCUUCCAGCGCCUCGGCCGGCUCCGCGUGGAGGAGCAGCGAUUACAGGACCGGGCCUCCCGAUCCAACACCACGCUGCUCGCGGUGCGCUCGGCCGCCAGCAUCUGGGCCUGCCUGGCCUCCUUGGCCUUGCACUGGCUGGUCGUCAGACCGCCGGCGCUCUGGGAGUGUUUCCAAGCCUUAGCAGCUUGCAGGCUGCUGGCACAGCAGCUGCAGCAGGUCCUGCGCAUCCUUCUGACUGCCAGACCGACAGCUGCGGCUGCUCUUGGCGGCUCUGUGAAGUCUCCACGGCCGGUGCCAAAGCAGGGCACGCCGGCCUUGUACAAGACAUCACGGUUUGCUGUGGCUGUUGAGGGCAUGCGUUUCUUCUGGCCGAAUCUCGAAGGACCCAAAGAGGCUUCGUCUCUUCCAUCACCUCCGAAGCCUGCCGGGCUCACGGCCAGCGUGAAGGCCCAGAAGGCUGGGAACGGCCUGAGCCUCGUGGAUUCGGUAACGGACGAUGCCUCGGUGGCUGAGAGAGCGAAGCGAAGUACGCAUGGAUCGGCUGGCUUUGAUGUGAAGGUGCUGUCGCUGCAAGUCAAGCGAGGUUCUCACAUCGCAUUAGUGGGAGCUGCAGGCUCUGGCAAGUCAACUCUUUUGGCGGGCCUGGUAGGAGGCUGCCAAGCCGAGCUUUGGGGAGAAGACUUGGAAGAGACGGGCAUCCUCCUGUCUGGCAGGUGCGCCUACGCUCCGCAACAGCCGGCGGUCUUGAGUGGAAGCAGCAUCCGCGACAAUGUCGUUUUCGGUUCUACUUGGGAUGCGCACAGGUAUGAGCAAGUCCUGGCGAUGUCCACCUUGUCAGAGGAGACGCAGUCGCAGUU